CUGAUUUGGACUGAAAGCAAAAGGCUGACUAAGGUGACGGAUGUGGUCGAGAAAAGAGGACCAUACAUCAUGAGCAAACCUCCCUCCAUCCAGGCCAAGCUGAAGCGGCAGCGCGAGCUGGCGAAGGCAGCACUGCGCAGGCAGGGGCUGCUGGGGGCACCCACCGCCCCGAAACUGGCACCUAAAAGGUCGGUGAAGUUUAACAAGGGCUACACAGCACUCAGCCAGACAGCAGAUGAAAACCUGGUCUCCCUGGACUCAGACAGUGACGGGGAGCCAGGAUCCAGAGGUUCCUCAGGAUACUCCUCCGCCGAGCAGGUGAACCAGGACCUGAGCCGGCAGCUGCUGCAGGAUGGAUACCACCUGGACGAGGUCCCAGAUGAUGAAGACCUGGAUCUCAUCCCCCCCAAACCUGUUGCCUCCUCUUCUUGCCCCUGUUGUUGUUUUGGAGAAAAUCUCUCCUGUGUGAUCCAGUAG